AUGAACAGCCUAGCAUUGCGCAGGCAGCAGACAUGGGCGGGCGACAAUGCUCUCAGCCCGCGCCCGCUGUAUGACUUCCCUUCGCCGACUUCCAACUACCCGUCCGGCAUAGGCGCUCCGUCACCCAGCUUCUAUCCCAUGGCCUACCAGAUCUCUCCGCGAUUCGGUGCCAGUGCUUUCAUUCCACCACCAGAUGUUUUCGGAGACGGGCGCAAAGAGGCAGCGCACGAUCAUGGGCCGUUUACACCGCGCGCAUUGAGGAAGCGCAACUCUGAGGUGCUGAACACAGACCCAGUGGCUAUGCACUUGCUAGUGGAAACGGCUAUGGGCGACAGUCAAUACUUCGAUGUCCUCACAGUGGAAGAGGUGGAGGCGUUGAAGCAGGAGCAGAAGACACUGGAUGCGCGGCUGGUGACAGUGCGGAAGAAGCUGGAGUCCGAGACGAAGAUACGUGAUGCGACACGCUCGCUGAGCCGUUUAGCAUCGAAGAAGGAGAAUGGGCACUCCCGUGGAGUAGGCAGCAAGGGCAGCAAUGCGGUGCAGGAUCUCAAGUCGCAGGAGGGUCUGGAUGCUAGCAACAAGAAGGUCGAAGAGCUGAUCAGGGAUCUUUUGGAGACUGAGUCCCGUAUGCGCAUGAUCGACAUGCAACUCCUGAUGCACACCGCUGCCGUGCUGCAGCUCACACACAAGGGCCCCAAGAAGCGGAACGAUGGAUCUGGCAUGUCGGACGACGGUUAUCGAAGACCCGACAGUCCUGCAAGUUUGGAAACAUACGAUAUUGGGCGCACGAACGGUGCGCGUGGUGACGAGUACUUCGACGAGAGGAGCUUCUACCGCACUCCAGAGAACCUGGACACGCUGAUGAACGUGCUGCAAAGCGGGGUACUCCACCAACCGGGGCCGUCUGAGGGUCAGAGCGAGGCCAUGGGCAAGACAGCAAGGCGCCUCCAGGAGAUGAACGAGAAGCUGAGAGCAUUGCUUGCUCAGUCCAAUCCCGAGCGCGCCGCCGACUUCGCUAUACCGCCAAGUACUCCAGGCGAAUCGCCCAACGCCUUACUAGAUCGCCAACUCGAACUUCUCGAUGAGGGUCUUCGCAACAUCAGUACCGAACAUGCGAACAUGAGAGGCAAAUCCAGGCAUCCUUUGAGCGAGGUCGAAGGACGCCUCGAAGGCAUCAACAAUCAGCUUUACGCUGUGCUUAGCCGGUCCAACAUCGAAGGAGCCGAAGAGACUACCCCGCCGCCUGCCGUUACGGGUACUGAUCCUACGGAACAGCUGAACUACAUGGAGAAUGCGUUCUAUAACCUGGAGCAAGCACAGUAUGCGCUGAAAGAGCAGAUUGAUGAUCUCAAAUUCUACGCCGAAAACAACGGGCAAUCAGACUUGUCAGAUAAGUACGAGACCACGCUCAAAAGUCUUUGGCAGACCAUUCAGACUGGUGAGGAGGAAGCUCGUGAACGGAAACGUGAGCGCCGCCGCCUGUUAGAACAAGACCCUGAUGCCGAAGAACAACUAUCACCAGACGAGGACUACAACGCCAACGAGGCGUUCUCACUUGCAGCAUUUUCUGCCAAGGUUCAGUUGCUGUUCCGCCGUGCCACCAGUUUGAAGGAUAAGCAAUCCGUGCUUCUGCGUCAAAUCAAGCAGCAGCGUGAGCUGAACAGCAAAUCUGAUGCCCAGAAAGAGGCGGACUUCGAAAGACUCAACAAUCAAGUCCUUAGCGCAAGAUCUGAGAAGAUGUCUAUGGAGAACGAAUUGGAGCGUGCAAUUGGCCAAUUGCAACAGUUUGAUGGGCAAAAGUCACCGACAGAGACACAAGCGUUGCAAGAGCGCAAUGCAGGACUCGAGGCUCAACUCAUCAAUGUACAGGAGCGGGCUGUGGCCUUCGAAACUGACCUCAAGAGUGCCAAGGAGCGCACGAUAGCCUAUGAGAGUCAACUCAAGGAUGUACAAGAACGCGCGGUUGCCUUCCAAAGGCAGCUGCAAGAAGCCGAGGAGCGCACGCAGGCUCUCGAGAAAGAGUUACAAGACAAAGAAGAGCACCACAGUGCAUCUAGCGUACAAGUCCGGGAGGCCAGCGAACGUAGUGCCAGCUACGAGGCCCAGAUACGAGACGCCCAGGAACGCGCUGUUGCUCUCGAAAACAAACUCAGAGAAACGCAAGACGAAGCCCGCGCGGAGCAGGCUAGACAGGCUACAAUCCAGACUGAACUCUCGGACUCUGCUGCGAAGAUUGACGAUAUCAUGACCGCUCUCAAACAAGCGACGAUGGACAAGGAAGCCGCAGAAGCACGUUCACUUGAGACUACGAACAGCUUGAACGCCAAGGAAGAAGAGUUCCGCAACCUUGAGGGCGAAAUUGUGCGUCUUACCACCGAGCUUACUUUCGCCAAAGCGGAGCUCGACGGAGCUUACGGCACUCGCGCACAACGUGCUGCCGAUUCUGCCGCCAACCCAGCCAUUAAGAAGGAGCUGGAUGAAUUGACCGAGAAGAAUCAAGCGCUCAUUGAUGAGCUCGCGGCGCUGCGAAAGGUGCAAGAUAUAGCUUCUCAGUCCGAAGCCGAAGCUCGUCAAUCUGAGCGCAACCUCAAAGCCGAGCUGUCGGGCAUGGCUUCUGAGUACGAGGCCCUCACUCGAGACGCUAUUCAGAAUGAGAAGGAUCGUGACAUCCUCGAAUCACAGAUAGAUAAGCUGCGCGACGACAAGGAAGCCCUCGAGCGUGAGCUGAGCGACGAGAAAGUCAAAUGGCUUGGUGUAAGAAGUCCAGGCAUGCCCAGCCCAGCAGCUACCGGACAGCCUGACAUGGGAGCUACGAGCAUCAGGAUGUUGAGGGAGGACUUCAGGAAGAUGAUGAGAGAUCGAACCGCUGAAGGCUUGAAGGCACUGAGGGUGAGUUUAUCCAUGGUGUUCCCGUCAAUGAAAGAUGCUAACAAAACCACCAGGCCGAGCAAGAAGAACGAAGAAGACUCGAAGCUUUGGUCCGACAAUUACGAAAAGACGCGAAUCCACGAUCGAAUUUGUCAAAGACGACUGUGGCAACUUGAAGAGGCAUUCCUGAGACACGACUAUAAUACAUCUAAUUGCAUAUACCCAGCGUUAUGUCCAUCGCAUUGUACCGGCGUUCAAGAUGGUAGAUGGGAAGCAUAUAGAAGCACACAUCAAAUACAAAAUAUCAUUCUUGUCUGUGAGGAAGACGAGUACUAG